AACUAUCACCCUUAUAUUAAUUUGUUGUGUAUAAUUCUAUUUUGCAGAAUCCCCUAUAGAGGACUGGAGAUUAUGACAAGUUAAAAAUGUCGGCACGAAUCAAGAGACAGCUGAGCAAGGCCUCGGGAUCGGUCGAGGGGGGAGGGGGCGCCCCGUCUGCCGCUGCUCGCAAGAAGCGCCGCAUUGACAACUCCGGCUCUGAUGAUGAAGAGCGAUCUGUGUGGACGCCCAAACAUUUGGGUGACCUGCGGGCAUACAACCGAUCAGCAUCUGAGGCUCCUGCCGAGUUAUUCCGCAAGGAUCUUAUAUCUGCCAUGAAACUUGCGGACAAUGAGCCACUAACAUCUGACGAUUAUUGGGGCAUUGGUGACCCGUGGAAGCAAGAAUGGGAGCGAGGAGUCCAGGUCCCUGUGAAUCCAGACUCCUUGCCUGAGCCUGCUGUCACCACCACUGUACAAAGACCACGACCAGAGCGUGAGGGCAACUUCAGGCUGACUAAAGACAAAUUCAUCCGUGUGAACCAUGACGACUUCUUUAGCAACGAGCAGCACAUUCUCAGUAAUCUGCCAACCAAAGCAGAGAAAAUGUGCCGUUACGACAUGGACGAUCUUGAUGACAAAUGGCUUGUAGCCUACAAUGGAGAGAGAGCAAGAAUGGGUGCUGCCCCAGUUCCUCCAUUGAUCUUUGAGAUGAUCAUGGAGCAUUUGGAAGAAACUUGCUGGGAAAACAUCCAUAAAAUGCUGAAGACAGAGGAGUCACUCUCCAUCGAGUUCGAUGAGGAUGUUAUCUGCGAUGUCUGUAGAUCGCCUGACAGUGAAGAGGGAAAUGAAAUGGUGUUUUGUGACUCCUGCAACAUCUGUGUUCAUCAAGCUUGUUAUGGAAUAACUGCCAUCCCAUCUGGCUCCUGGCUUUGUCGCACAUGCUCGUUAGGCAUAAAACCCGACUGCGUUCUCUGUCCUAACAAAGCUUGUGUUUGCUUGUGUGCGCCCAAGACUGUGCAGACAUCUAGUGGUAACAGUUUUGUAAAAUGUUUUGCAUCAAACUGCUGCCAGUGUGGAUACAGUCUUAUAUGA